GAUUCAGUUCCGUACGCCUUUUCCUUGCAUAAUAUCCCUCGGUUAUAACGCCUUCGUUGUUAUUUGUUUUUUAUCGAGAAUUUGCAGUCUCGAAGAAUUCCUCGCCAUGGGGUUGCAGGAAGAGUUUGAAGAAUACGCAGAGAAAGCCACGUCAUUGCCUCCUAGUACCAAGGACGCAGACAAACUCAUACUCUAUGGGCUUUACAAGCAAGCAACUGCUGGCCCAGUGAAUACCAGAGGUUUAAUGAGAUUCUCGGAUUGUGGAAUAGGUCGGCCUGGAAUAUUCAGUCCUAAGGAGAGAGCAAAGUGGGACGCCUGGAAGGCAGUGGAUGGAAAGUCUAAGGAGGAAGCUAUGGGUGAUUACAUAACCAAGGUGAAACAAUUGCAAGAAGCUGCUGCCUAGACUGGCCCAAGGCAAGACUACCAUUUCAAUCAUGUUUGCCAUUGCUAAAGCUGGAUAAUCUCCUUUUAUUGAUAAGCAGAAUAUUAACUCUUUAUUUAUUUCUUUUUCUUUUCCCCCAAAUAUAUUGAGAAGUACUCUUUACAUAUAAAUUAGAAUAAAUGAAUGGAUGAAAGAUUUAGAUUAGA